AUGGGCAAGAUCACCAAGACUAUGCAGCCCCGGCACAAGGAGACUUUGUCUCCUUGGCUGAAGGACUACGUCCAGACUGCGGCAUCCCUGCCGCUCCCUCUUAUCCCCCAGAAGCUCGAGGAGUUUCCGACAAGAUGGCCCUUCCCACGCGGCGAUCUCUACCACUGGAUUCCCUUGUUGAAUCGCUUCGACAGCAUUCUCGAGGCCUUCUGUGCCACGUAUGAGCUCAACAAGGGCUUCCAGAUGCGCGACUUUGGAUGCGAUCUCUUGAUGAACAAAGGCGCACCGGUCGAGUAUUGUGACCAGCAAGGGUGGUCUAAGGAACGUCUUGCUCAGCUGGGCUAUGGAGAGGACGGCGACUGCCAGCUCAUUGUUUCCAUCCUCAACUUCACCCGAGUGCUCCUGCAGCACUGCGGAAAUAGGAGCAUAUACGCCAGCAGCAUGCAUCUGAAUGACCUGCUCAACACUACGUAUCUCAGUGUUGUGUAUGCAACGCUCGAGGUUGGCCUCGAGCUGGCUCAGCGCUAUCAAGCUUCAAUCAAGCGGGUGGCCCAGCCCACUCGUCAAGUGAGCAGCGCUCUACUGGCAAACCAUUACAAUAUUGAUCUUGAUCGCGUGCAAGUCCUCUCACAGCCAUUUGUCAAGACCCCAGUUGCCCCGGUUGCUCCUCGCUUCCCCGUCGACGGCCCACCGCAGACGCCGGCUUCAGCGAGCAAGGGCAAGGAGAAAACCUCUGGCAGCCAUAAACCCCCGGCACCAGUGUAUGCCAACGAUCUCACCGCCCUCGUCGCUCCUGGCUCGCCCGAUGAUGGUCGCUGGAACGGUUGGGGUGACAUCAAGAUCGUCUACUAUCCAAAGACCGAUCCGUCGGGCACUUCCGCCGCUGAUGCGUCUGCCGAGAACCGUCCCAGCCCUUCAACGAACGUACCGGCUACACCCACCCCUCUGCGGCGGUCUUCCACAGGCCCAUCACAGCCAUCUCAGCAUACUCCGCGUCCGAGUAGGACUUCAGGCGUGGAUGAGAGCCCAGGUAGCCGCAACCAGGAGGCAAACGUGGAUGAGCAUGGUCCCAAGACUAUCGAGAUUCGACAGGCCACAGUCCAAUCCAGUUCCAUCUAUGAGCUUCUCCGUCUCUGUCCUGUUGAUAUGCCCAAGGUCUCGAGAUACGAGUUCCUCAAUCGUCUGCGGAUCUGCAAAGCGCUUUUCGGGUCGACUGAGGACCGGCAACUUGCGGUCGCUGUCCGGCUGUUGGCUAUCACGAAUCUCGCCUAUAUACACUCGGAGAAUACCUUUGCCGAGAAGGUCCUCAAGCAGGACAAUGACGAGCCAAGGAGAUAUCAGCUCGUAUACCAACUCGCCGAGCUCAUCCAUCCUUCUGUUGCUGGCGCACCCGAAACUCCUUUGUGGCUUCAGGCCAUUGCAUUUGCUGCUUUGGAGGCCAUCAGCGUCGUUCCUGCUAAGUACGCAGACGUGCUCUCGGCCCUGAACGCCAAUGUCAACCAUGGUGUCCUUCUGUACGUGAUCCGGAAGGCCGUGGCUAGCAUGCGGGAAGACCCCGUAGAGGCAGACGAAGGGAAGGUGACGGAUGCCGACCAUUGGCGCGGCAGCCUCUUCGCUCUGACCCUGCACAUGGCUAUGAGCUCCAGGAUCGGUCAGGAAAUGGCAUCUGCUGGCCUCCUCGAUAUUCUCGUGGAGAUCCUCAAUAUCCGUUCAAAGACCGCGACGAGGAACUAUAGCAUGGUCCUGGCCUUCCUCGACACGCUGGUCUACACCUACCAGGGCGCUUUCUCUAAUUUCAGCAGCGCCGGGGGACUGGACGCUAUCUCGCGUCUUAUCGUCGACACAGUUGCCCAGUCGAGAGAUCUCGUUGCCCAAGGUCUCGGGACGAAGCCGGAAUUCCAUGCCCAGCUGGUUGAUUACGAGAUCCCGUUCUACCAUCAGCAAACUCUAAAGUGGCUCCUCAAGUUCAUUCACCACAUUAUGACCAACGCGUUCUCCUUCGGAGCCAACACGGAUCGGCUGCUCAGGAACUUAGUGGACAACUCGUCUCUUCUACGCAGUCUUCGUGUUAUUAUUGAGAACACUCGUGUAUUCGGCUCCGUGGUCUGGACGAAUGCAGCCAGUCUGCUGAGUGAUUUCCUCAACAACGACCCAACUAGUUUUGCAGCGAUCUCCGAGUCGGGCCUGAUCCAGAGCUUCCUCUCAACGCUCACGGGCAGAGAGGUCACACUGCCCAAACCCCCAGGUUCGCCUAAGCCUGAGCAGGAGGGAGAAGAUGUUUCGUCUCCCGACUACUCUGAUGAUUCCAUCACUUUUGAGCCCGAUACUCGGCCCCACCCUCCAACAGCAGAGAUGCUUGAGGAGCCAAGGGAGAACCUCGCCCAGGGCAUUCUCGCUUCCUCUGAUGCUAUCAACGUUAUCCCGCCGAUCUUAAACUCCAUCUCGCUCAACAACCAGGGUAUGAAGAUGGUUGUCGCCUCUAAUGCUCUGGAGAGCUACUUGGAGAUCUUCGAGAGCCCAGACCACGUUCAGGUGAUGUCGUUGGUUGACCCUGAUUUGGCGGGUGUGGUUGGCAGCAGCUUUGACGAGCUCGCUCGUCAUCAUCCGAAGCUGAGGCCUUCGAUAUCUAACGCUGUCAUCGAUAUGGUCGCUCGAGUUCUGCACAUUGCGAAGACCAAGGCAGCAGCAGCAGGAUGGGGCGCAAAGCUCUUGGUUGUGGACCCAACUGGCCAAAAGGUCACUGCCGAUGAGUCUUUGUUAGCAAAUUUGGAGGGUGUGACCAAGGGCAAGGGGAAAGCGACGCCAGACGAUAUGGACGUCGAUAUGGUGGAUGUAAUACCGCCGGGCCCUUCAACGCCUACUGGUGGUGAUGCGGAAGGGGAAUCCGGUCUUGAGAAGCCUAUCGGUGCUCACCAUGAGAUCACUCCGUACAUUCUGGCGCUGGCGCAAUUCCUCGGCAGUAUAGUCACCAAUUCUAGUCUUAGGUCCACCUUUGUCCAAGACGGAGGCAUCGAGUUGCUCUUGGAGUUAUCCGAAGCGCCCAGCCUUCCUGAGGAUUUCGAUAACACCCAAGCCUCACGCACACUCUCCCAGGUCAUUGCCCAGCUGAUUGAGUCUAGCCCGGUGCUUGGAAUCCCCUCUCUGCUCAACCGGAUUCAUGCCGCUAUUGACGAUCUUCAGCCCCUUGUCAGCAAGGAGCGCUCGCAAUCCUUCUUCGCCCCCUUUAUUGUCCCUGGCUCUUCGCUGGUCAAUACCCAAGGGGAAUGGGAUGCGACUCAGGUCCGCAAGGUUGCCAGCGGCACUCGUGUUGUCAAGGCUUUGGUCAAGUUGCAGACUUUGGUCAAAACUCUCUACCAAAGCUUCCCAUACGCCUCUCGGCAAGGAAUGGUUACCAUGCCGGCUGUUAACGCCUACGACCUCUUUCGCAGCUUGAUCCGACGUCUUGGGCCGCUCUUGCAUGGCAUUAUCACGGAGGAGAUGGCUAUUGCUGCCCUAGUCCCACAGCACUGGACGGGCACAAAGCCUGUGACCCAAGAUGGUACAGAGCUUCCAGCGCCUCCAGUUGCUUCAUCCGGCAUCGGCGACGAGUCCAAGGAUGACAGCAACAUCACGGACACGAUAUCAAACAAGAAGCCCGCAGCAGCAACGGAACCGAAGAAACCCACCCAGGAGGAGCGGUCCACAGUUCAGUUUCAGAAUUACUUCGUUAUUCACCAGCUCUUACACUCUCUUACGCCAAGCACGCUGCCAUUUUUCCAAACGAUUGGGAAGACCUUGCUGCUCAAGCGAGCAACAGACCGUGACAACCAUUUGAGGUCUUACCAUCUUUCCAUUGCUGAUGCUUUGGCGGAGACUGUUCUCGAGCAACUCAAGACGUCACAAGACCAGCUGACUGCAAGAGAUCUUCACUACUGGAUUGUCAUGUUCCACACGCUCCGUGAGAUGCUGAUCGAACCCCCGCGACACGGCGAUCGGUCCGUUAACGCUCAGCUCAUUCUCCCAGUCCUCGUGGCUCUCAAAGAGCGUGGCGGGUUGGAGAUGCUAAAUGCCAUGCUACAGAAGUUCUCCGAUGAGAUCCGAAAUGGCAAUCCCGAUGGUGAUGACGCCCACAAAGUGCGCCUGGCCACUGUCGGCAUGAAGAAGAUACUCGAGAUCUACCAUCUCAUCGCUAAUGGCAAGAAUGUGAACGAUUCGCUGAGCCAAACCAGCCUGUAUCCUCGGAAUAUGCACAGGGAUAGGGAUUAUGGCCAUCAGCUGGUCGUGGAGCUGAGAUAUGCUAUUCUUCCCGUUGUCCGGAAGCUCUGGGAGUCAGAUAUUGCUGAGAAGGCGCCGACGCCGGUGCUGAGCAAGAUCAUCGAUAUCCUUAAAACGAUUGCUGCUGGGGACCAGGAACUCUCAGCAUGGCGCAAGUCGGACAAGAUAUCUCCUCAACCUAUUUUCAAAAACCGCGAGCCUCUUCGGUUCCCUUGGGCAACGCACAGCAACACUAUCAAGAGCCUGACCGAGCACUUUGAUGAGGACCUCGUGCGUGAGGCUGUCUACCGGGCCAAUGGGAAGGUGGACGACGCCUCAGAGUACUGUCGUGCCCAUUCAAAGGGUAUUGCCGGGAAGCGUAACCCCAUCCCGAAGGAGGAUGAGUACCAGCGCACCUCGUCUCCGAAACCACAACAGCCUCGCAAGCAUCUCGACGCAGAAGAGGAGCAACAGCUCCGUGCUACUGCUGACGCGAUGCAAUUCCUCCGGGACAUGGGUGAGCACGUGUUUGGCGAGUCAAGUGAUCAUUCCUCCGAUGAGUCUCACGACCAUAGCAGCCAUGACAUUGGCGCUGAAGACUCCCCUAUCCCGGUCCAAGAAGCGAGCAGCCGAGCUACGACAAAAAUGGAGACAGACAGCGGCCCUUCCAGCGCUGCAGCAGCAGAUUCCCGGCCGGCUUGGGUUACAAAAGAGGACCUUGACGAGGAGCGCACUAAGCUCCAGAAGGAUCUGAUCGAGCGUUGCCUCGAUGUCGUUCGUGCCCACCCCGAUUCGGUCUUUGAGAUUUCUGAUUUAGUAGACAUCACACUGCUGAGAUCGGACAAUGAGGAGAAGCGCACAGAAGUCGGUGAGAUUCUGGCAAAUGCUCUUAUGUCAUUUGCUAUGAAUGACGAUGUGGAGCGUCGCGAGAAUGGUCAGGGCAUUUCGGCUUAUGCCCAUUUGCUCUCUCUUCUCCUGCAAAACCGCCCCUUCUUUGAGUCUACACUGCCGACACUCAAGCAGAACAUCGAGGACUACCUGGGCUUCCUCAAAGUCUCCCCUGCAAGUUCCAACGAGGAGCUUCCUUCUUGGCUGCCAUACAUCCUCUUGAUUUUCGAGAUUUUGCUCUCUGAUGAUCAGCAGCCAGUGGAGGUGCAUUGGAAGCCGCCAGUGACGGACGAUGAGCCGCUUGAGCAGCCUGUCUGGAAGGUCAAGGAGCCCAGUGUCUCCGACGAACACCGCUCUUCCCUUCUGCGCGCCAUCUUAGACAUUCUCCCGAGGGUUGGGAAGGAGGAAUCCCUUGCCAUUUCCGUCUUGCGCAUACUCGUUAUUCUCACCCGCGACCAUGCUAUGGCCAAGAUUGUUGGAGAGAAGCGGAAUCUCCAACGUUUGUUUGUGAUGGCGAAGCAGUCGUGCAGCGGUGGUUCUGCUCGUCUCAACCAGACUCACAUUUCGGACAACAUCAUGAUCAUUCUUCGCCAUAUCGUUGAGGAUGAAGAUGUCGUCCGCCAGAUUAUGCAGACAGAGAUCCGCCAGUUCUUGAGUUCGGCACAGAGAAACCCCCGGUCUUACGACGUCUACUCCUACUUGCGGCAUCUUUCCCAUGUGGCGCUUCGGUCACCCAAGCUGUUUGUUGAAGUCACCAACGAUCUGGUCAAGCUGAGCCGCUGGGUUUCGCUUGACACUGGUAUUUCCAGGGGUCAUCACAGCCUGGCGCUGAAGGAACAGCCGGCAGAGAACCCCGAACCUCCCAAGGAUGGUUCCGUGGAGCCCGCCGUCCAGGCAACCGAAGACCUCACCAUCGAGGACGUGAAGCCAACAACCGAGUCCGCAGACAAGGAGAUGCCCGAUGCGCCAAAAGGUCCUUUUGAAAUCAAGCGUCCUGUCCUCGAGAACCCGGACGGUGUCAUUCACUUCCUCCUCUGUGAGCUUCUCAAUUACCGUGAGGUUGAUGAUAAGGAACUUCCAGUCCCCACUUCCAAGGAUCAGAGAGCCGAGGGAGAGCCGUCAAGCGCUGGCGGUGAUACAGUAUCGACAAGCUCUGACGACCAACCGUCCGAAUCCAAGGAGAAGGACAAGAAGUCUCUGAAGCCUGUCUUCAAGGCUGAGGAACACCCGAUCUUCGUAUAUCGUUGCUUCCUUCUCAACUGCCUGGCCGAGCUUCUGCAGAACUACAACCGCUGCAAGGUUGAAUUCAUCAACUUCAAGCGCAGCGCUCCCAUGCAGACAAAUACACCUAUCAAGCCUCGUUCGAGCAUCCUUAAUUACUUGCUUAACGACUUGCUAUGCUUGGGGCCGGCCGGUAUUCCUCUGGAUUCCACAGCCAUCAAGAAGAAGGCCGCUACCUCAAACCACGCACAGGCGGUACUCUGUGCUCUCGUUGCUCGCACGCCCGAGAAGCCUAUCGACCGCAGCCGCGAUCACUACGAGUACGAUGAUGACCCGGAUCUGCUGUUCGUGCGUCGCUUCGUCCUCGACACCAUCCUGCGUGCCUACAAAGAAGCCUCUCAGCCCGGAGAGCCUAUCGAGAUCCGCUAUGGCAAAAUGAUGUGUGCCGCCGAGCUAAUGAGCUUGAUGAUCGGCGAAAAGGACAGGGAUGCGCAGCCCCGCGAUAACCGCGGCACUGACCCUGUUAUUGUCCGCUCGCAGAUGCAGCUCAAGCGUCUAAUGUAUGAGAAGGGCUACAUUGCUGCGCUUACUUCCUCGAUCGCCGACAUCGACCUCACUUUCCCCAACGUCAAGCGUACCAUCAAGUACAUCCUGCGUGUUCUCCGGUCCCUCACCAAGACCGCGUAUCACCUCAGCCAAUUGGACAUUAUUCCCGCCACAGUGACUGAUCAGCCGGAGGAUGACUUCCUCUCCUCGUCCUCACUCUCCGACCUCGAUGAUGAUCGGGAGGAGACCCCCGACCUCUACCGCAACUCUACUCUUGGCAUGCUUGAACCUGGCCGUGAGGAAGACUUUUCGGACGAGGAUGAAGAUGACGAAGAUGCCAUGUAUGAUGACGAGGCGUACGAUGACGAACUUGAUUAUGGCGACGAGAUGUCACAGGAUGAGGAGGAGAAUCCAAGUGAUGACGACGAGGAGGAAUUGGAUGAGAUGGGCGAGAUUGAAGGCCUUCCUGGCGAUCCCGGCGUCGUUGAAGUGAUCAUGGGUGAGAAUGACGAUGAUGUGGACGAGGACAUGGAGGAAGAAGAUGAGGAGCCCAGCGAAGAAGAUGAGGGAGAUGAAGACGAUGAGAUGGGCUCCGACGACAUGGAAGAUGUCGAAGAGCAGGUCGAAAUCGUCGACGAAGAAGGAAACCCAAUCGACGACGACGGUGCUUCCGGAUGGGAGAGCGCCACAGAUGAAGAAGGCGAGGAAGGUGACGAGGAUCUAGAGUAUGAGGGUGAAGGGCAAGACAUGCACGACGCCGUCCAUGGGCAUGGUAUGGAUAGAAUUCCAGACAUUCUACGUACGGUUGUCGACGGCGAAGACCUUGAUGGCGAAGACAUCGAUGAUCACUACAUCGAUGAUGGCGGUGAGGAUGAUGAAGAGGAAGAUGAGGAUGACAUGGAGGAUGAUGAGGUGUAUUACGACCAGGGUCAUCAUCAUGAUGAUUACCCGCCUCCUAACAUGCCCUCAGGUCUCGGCUGGGACAUCGCAGUCGAACCUGGCCAUCGUGUCCGCCACGGUGGUGUCCGCAGCCCCUUCCCUUCUGGUCCAUUAAUAAUGGGGCACUCGGGGCAUGACUUCCGCCACUUCUUCGGCCCCUCCCAUCACAGCCGCCUGAUUCGUGCGCCAGGAGAUGAUGGCACCAAUCCCUUGCUGCUGUCCAGCAGCCGGCACGCGCAGGACCAGAUUACCCGCGCUAGUCAACAGCAACUGAUUCGCCUAGGCUUCCCUCCCCACGCUUUUGGUGGCCCUGGCAUGGACGGCCCCCUGGCCAUCAUCAAUGAUCUCAUGCAGACAAUCCCCUUGUCUGCCAGAGCUGGUGCUGGCAUCCCUGUCAGCCUGCAGCUGCGGUCUGAAGGCCCGUCUGGAGAGAUUAGGCACUUGAACAUUCCCCUGGGCAACAUGGCGCAGGCUACCCGCGAUACUCGCCGUGAGGUGUACCAAGAGCCUCACCAAGCUGUCGCCUUCAUUCCCCAGUCUACGGCUGAGCGGUGGCAAGAGGAGGCUAAGAUUAUCUUCACCUCCAACCAUAUUGAUAAGUCCAGGGUGCUGGCCAACUUUAUCUUGGGUAUGCUUAUGCCGGCUGCCAUCAAGGAGGAGAAGGAAGCCAAGGCUCGUGAGGAAGAAGAGAGACGCAAACGUGAGGAGGAGCGCAAGAAGCGUGAGGAGGAAGAGCGCAAAGAGCGUGAGCGGAAAGAGGCUGAAGAGCGCGCUGCUAGGGAGAAGAAGGAGGCUGAAGAGCGCGAGCGGCGUGAACGUGAGCGCGCUGAGGCCGAAGCUGCCCGCGCUACUGGCCAAGAGGGUGCUGCCGAAGAACCUCAGGCUAUGGAAGGUGUUGAAUCUACCACGACCCAGGCCGAGCAGGCUCAGCCAAGUGCUCCCAGACCGCGCGUUCUCACCACUAUCCGCGGCGAGACUGUGGACGUCACUGACCUUGGCAUCGACCCAGACUACCUCGCGGCCCUUCCGGAGGAGUUUAGGGAAGAGGUCAUUGCUCAGACAGUCAGCGCUCGCCGAUCAGAGGCCCGACAGCAGGCGGCAGACAAUGGCGAGAACACCGAAGUCUUCCAGGAGUUCCUCGACGCGCUUCCCGCGGAGCUACGGAUGGAAAUUGAGCAGCAGGAACGCCAAGAACGCCGUCGUCGCGAGCGCGAGGAACAGCGGAGACAAGCUGCCGCGGCUGGGCAGUCGCUGGGACCUUCGGAUAUGGACGCGGCCAGCAUCUUGCUCACCUUCCCACCGGCUCUUCGUGAGCAAGUUCUGUUGGAGCAAGGUGAAGAGAUUCUUGACCAGCUUCCACCCGAUUUGGCUGCAGAGGCUCGCGCCCUUGCCCAACGCCAUGGAUUGCAUCGCGCCGCAGUGCAGGCAGCUCGUGCUCAGAAUGCCGGGCGCCAGCCCCAGGCUACUGAGCCCAAGCCCCAACGCCGCACGAUCGUCCAGAUGCUCGACAAGUCUGGCAUCGCGACCCUCCUUCGGCUGAUGUUUGUGGCUCAGCAAGGCUCCAUCCGCAACUACCUCUUCGACGUCUUCGCCCACGUUUGCGAGAACCGCCAGAACCGCUUAGAGGUUAUCUCCACGCUGCUCCAGAUCCUGCAGGAUGGCAGCACGGAUAUGGAUGCGGUCGAGCGAAGCUUCGGUCAGCUCUCUCUGAAGGCUAAGCAGCCGAAGGACAAUAAGGACACCAAGACCCCUCAGAGCCUCAAGCGCACCUUCACGAGCAUCAGCACCAGCAAUCAAACCACUGGCAGCUCGGAAGUGUCACCUCUGUUGGUUGUCCAGCAGUGCCUCGACUUGCUCUCUGAGCUCGCCACUAAGAACCCGCACAUCCCAUCCCUCUUCCUGACGGAGCACGAGAGCGUCGCCACUACGCUGAAGCGCAGCCUGAGCCGCAAGGGCAAGGGCAAAGAUGUCAGCAGCAAGGCGCAUAAGUUUGCCAUCAAUUCUCUCUUGGGUCUCCUUGACCGGAACCUUGUCAUGGAGAGCUCAUCCGUCAUGCAGCUCCUGGCUGAUCUUCUCAACAAGGUUACAUACCCGUUACAGGCCCUUGAACGCCGCCGCAAGGAGGCUGAGGAGGAGGCCAAGAAGAAAGCUGGGAAGGCUAAUGAGGAAGAGAGGGCUGCUGCCGGUGAAUCAGCCGAGACCUCUAAUACCCAAGCUUCAACUACCACAGAACAGCCCUCUGGACAGACUGGUGAACAGCAAGCUGAGGGGGUUGUCAAGGAUAAGGAGUCGGAGCAAAAGCAGGAUGAAAAGAAGGUUCGUCAACUCAUUCCACCCACGAUCCCGGACCAUAACCUUAAGUUGGUCAUCAAGAUCUUUGUGGCGCGGGAAUGCAGUUCCAAGACGUUCCAAAACACCAUCUCGACCAUAAAGAACCUGUCCAGCAUCCCUGGGGCAAAGAAGGUUUUUGGCGAGGAGCUGGUGGUCCAGGCCAAGGCACUCAGCGAGAAUAUCGUCCAGGAUCUCGAUGACCUGCUGCCGCACAUCUUGAAGGCGGAAUCCGGCACCGAAAUUCAGGGGAUCGCUCUGGCCAAGUUUUCGCCUGGCGCAUCAGAGCAAAACAAGCUACUGCGUGUCCUGACUGCCCUUGAUCACCUCUUCGACAACAAGAAGUCGAACGGCGAGUCUUCACCUUCCUCACCUGCCUCGCCUGCUGAGGGUAAGGAGAUCAAGGAGAGCACCAAGGACGAGCUGCUGGGAUCGCUCUACCACAAUGAAACGUUCAAUGUUAUGUGGGACAAGCUGAGCGCUUGCCUGAGCGCGAUCCGUCAGCGGGAGAACAUGAUCAAUGUGGCCACGAUCCUCCUGCCUCUCAUCGAGUCCCUGAUGGUGGUGUGCAAGAACACCGUCCUGAAGGAGACCGCUGCUUCUCAGGCUUCCUCUCAGACGGUGUUGGGCAAGAAUAUGCCCUUGUCUACCCCGCCUCCGGAGGACCGCAUGGCGAGCCUGUUCUUCACUUUCACCGAAGAGCAUCGCCGGAUCUUGAACGAGCUCGUGCGGCAGAACCCGAAGCUCAUGUCUGGCACCUUCUCUCUGCUGGUGAAGAACCCCAAGGUACUCGAGUUCGACAACAAGCGGAACUACUUCAACCGCAGCGUACAUGCCAAGAGCCGUGACCAGCAACGCCAGCAGUACCCGACCCUCCAGCUGUCAGUGCGCCGUGACCACGUCUUCCACGACUCGUUUAAGUCACUCUACUUCAAGUCUGGUCCAGAGAUGAAGUAUGGCAAGCUUAAUAUCCGUUUCCAUGGCGAGGAGGGUGUGGAUGCCGGCGGCGUUACGCGCGAGUGGUUCCAAGUGCUCGCCCGCCAGAUGUUCGACCCUAACUAUGCGCUUUUCGAGCCUGUAUCGGCGGACCGCACGACUUUCCAUCCCAAUAAGCUCAGCGGCAUCAACCCCGAACACCUGCUGUUCUUCAAGUUCAUCGGGCGCAUCAUCGGCAAGGCCCUCUACGAGGGGCGGCUGCUGGAUUGCUACUUUAGUCGUGCUGUCUACAAGCGCAUCCUCGGCAAACCCGUCUCGGUCAAGGAUAUGGAAUCGUUUGACCCAGAAUACUACAAGUCUCUCAUCUGGAUGCUCGAGAAUGACAUCACCGACGUCAUCACCGAGACAUUCUCGAUCGAGGACGAGGAGUUUGGUGUCAAGAAGGUGGUGGACCUCAUCGAGAAUGGACGCAACAUUCCGGUCACCGAGGAGAACAAGCAUGAGUACGUCCGGCUCAUUGUGGAGCACAAGCUUCUCACGUCCGUCAAGGAGCAGAUGGAGCACUUCUUGAAGGGCUUCCACGACAUCAUACCUGCGGACCUCAUCUCUAUCUUCAACGAGCAGGAGCUUGAGCUUCUGAUCUCUGGUCUGCCGGAUAUCGACAUCGACGACUGGAAGAGCAAUACCGAGUACCACAACUACACUGCCGCCUCGCCGCAGAUCCAAUGGUUCUGGCGCGCGGUACGCUCGUUUGACAAGGAAGAGCAGGCCAAGCUGCUGCAGUUCGUGACAGGUACCUCCAAGGUCCCGCUCAACGGGUUCAAGGAGCUCGAGGGCAUGAACGGCGUCAACCGCUUCAACAUUCACCGCGACUACGGCAGCAAAGACCGGCUGCCUAGCUCUCAUACUUGCUUCAACCAACUUGACCUCCCUGAGUAUGACAGCUACGAGACUCUCCGCAGCCAGUUGCUCAAGGCCAUCACCGCUGGCAGCGACUACUUUGGCUUCGCGUAA